AUGGGAAGUGAUUGGGGAUGCAAGAUCACUAGACACAAGGUGUUCGAGGAAUUCGAAGAGUUCAAUGGCUCAUCUGAUGUUGCCUCUGGAGAUUCAUCCGAUGAUUUCAAAAAGCUCGAAGACGAUUCAGAUUCAUCCGGGGAUCUUUCUGAGGAUUGGGAAGAUAUCGAGGAACCGGCGGCCAAGAGGGUUAAGCAGUGA